GCCGACUUCCGGGAACAUUAAUCGAUCGUGAGAUUUGGACGAACUUCCUUCUGUUCAUCUGGCACUUCUCCUUCUCAAGUUGUCAAUUAUGAUUCAGUCUUUGGCCCAAUACUAGAACUGUUUCAAAGACUACGUUCAAGGGAAACAUCCUGGAGCAAACAUGGCACCCUCGGCGAGCACCGCUAAGUCCAGGCCAAGAAAGUCGACUAACACCGUACUUGACGAUUCUGGUUCCGACGACGACUACCAAGCAUACAAUUUGCGACUCCAGGAAGCCAGCGCGGCUAGAGCACGUCUCAAAAAGGCGAGAGAAGAGCGCGAUAAGAAACGCAAGGCCUUGCUCUCUGCCUACCAAGGCGCGCUCACGUCCAUCCAAGACCGCGUAAGAAAAUCAGUUUCCAAGUACCAUGAUCUCCACUCAGCCAUGCACAUCUCCCGUCUGUUAAGACUCAAGGAAGCAGUAGAAGCCAGCGAUCAAAAGCAGACCGCCAUUGCCAAGAAGCUAGCCGAUGUGCAGCGCAUCAUGAGCAACCACAGUAUUCAGCUCUGCGCCUUGUACGAGGGUCGUCGAAAAGACUUGGCUGUUAUGUUACCCCGUGCGAAGCCUGAGAAGCCUGCGGAGGAUGGUGCUGCUGCUGCUGCUACUUCUGAGGUGGACAGGUUGUCGGGCCAGUAGCUGCUGCCUGAGGGUGCGCAGGGAUUCAUGGUCUCGAAGGAAGCUUCGUCAA